AUGCGGCCGGGGGGCGCGCUGCUUGCCCUGCUCGCCAGCCUGCUGCUGCUCCUGCUGCGCCUUCUGUGGUGCUCGGCCGACGCGCCUGCCCGCUCCAGGCUUUUGUUGGAGGAAAGCAGGGAGGCCACCCACGGCACCCCCCCAGCGCUGAGGAUGCUCAGGAGCCCUGCUACCCCGGUACCGCGCACCACGAACAGCACAUAUCUGAAUGAGAAGUCACUCCAACUGAUAGAAAAAUGCAAAAAUCUGCAAGAUGGUGCUGAGUCUUUAUCUAAGAAAAUGAAAGGGUAUUCAGAGGAUGACUACCUUCAGAUUAUCAAAAAUAUACACAGCUGUCCAUGGAAACGACAAGCAGAAGAAUAUGAGAAUUUUAGGGCAGAGCUUGCCUCCUGUUGUGAUGCUGUUCAAAACUUUGUCGUUUCUCAAAAUAACACUCCAGUUGGAACUAACGUAACUUAUGAGGUGGAAAGUAAAAAAGGAAUCCCGAUUGGAGAGACCAUCUUUAAUAUGCUUCCAAUAUCCCAACCUUUUUUGGAGUACCCUUAUAAUCAGUGUGCAGUGGUUGGAAAUGGAGGAAUUCUGAAUAAGUCUCUCUGUGGAGCUGAAAUAGAUAAAUCUGACUUCGUUUUUAGGUGUAACCUUCCCCCAACAACAGGAAAUAUUACUAAAGAUGUUGGCAGUAAAACAAAUCUUGUGACUGUGAAUCCCAGUAUCAUAACAGUAAAAUAUCGGAAUUUAAAGGAAAAGAAAGCAGAAUUUCUGGAGGAUAUUGCAACCUAUGGCGAUGCGUUCCUUCUUCUGCCAGCGUUUUCCUACAGGGCUAACACCGGAGCCUCAUUUAAAGUGUACUACACACUGAAAGAGUCCAAAGCAAGACAGAAGGUUAUAUUUUUCCAUCCCAAGUACCUGAAACAUCUUGCCCUUUUCUGGAGAGCUAAAGGUGUGACAGCGUAUCGCUUGUCCUCAGGCUUGAUGAUCACCAGUGUUGCGGUCGAACUGUGUGAAAAUGUGAAGCUGUAUGGAUUUUGGCCCUUCUCUAAAACUGUGGAAGACACACCUGUCAGCCAUCACUACUAUGACAACAAGCUACCUAAACGAGGUUUCCAUGAGAUGCCCAAAGAAUACAGCCAGAUUCUCCAACUUCAUGUGAAAGGAAUCCUCAAAUUACAAUUUAGCAAAUGUGAAAUAGCCUAAACCAAGUGUCUUAAAAUUGGGAUUAGUUUGAAUAUAUCACAAUAGGUGAUAAACGAAGU